AUGGAAGGAUUUUGGAGAUUCAAAUAUCCAUUACUUUCUGGUAUCUCUGGGAGUAUUGGAGGAUUGUUUAGUAAAGGAAUUACAUCUUCAUACAUUCCCUUUGCACAGAGCCAAUUUAGUAUUGUUAUAAGGUGUUUGUGUGUUGUAUUAAUGUUUGGAUGCAAUGGAGCUGGAGGAUUUUUUUUUGCAAAAGCACUUAGUGAAUUACCAUCUCUUACAGCAACAAUUACAUCUACAAUAACAGGAUUUAUUAUGUCUGGAAUUAUUGGAGGAUUAAUAGGAGAAUAUAUUCCGAUACAAUGGUAUUUGGGAAUGAUUAUUCUUAUAGCAGGAGUAAUUUUACUUAUUGUUGAUAAUUCUGAAAAAGAACAACACCAAAAUGGUGUUAAAGAAGAAUAA